AUACAUUCACCUCCCAACACCACCGCGCAUGCUGUCUACCUCCCUCCCUUCCAUCCGAUUCCGCUCUUCCAAUUGCCCAAUCUUUGGGGAUUGCUUCCCCGAGGACUAUAAAUUGGACAUGCAGGCUGUUUGACUGCUGACAGUUGACCUGGAUCCUGAUCCGUUGUCUGACAGAACCCUUGUCGGUGCUGACUCGUGACACCCACCGUCUGUGCUCUUAAUUAGGGUAAAUCCAUAACGUGUCUGCGAGACGAUUACACCAGAUAAACCAGACUCGACCCUCCGAUCUGAAUAGACCGGUCAAGUACGGACUAUAACUGGGGAAAAAAAAAGAGGGGGAAAAAGCAAAAAGAGACAGUUCAAAGGCCCGUGGGUUCCGGGACGGGCACCGAUAUGCUCGGGUCCGGGAACCCUCAGUGCUAGAAAAGACGGACGGACAGGACAAAUAGACCUGCGUGGGCGCUGGCUGCAAGAAAGGAUGGUGUCAGGACCAGCCAGUGGCUCUCGUGAAGAGCGGCAGGUUUUCCCCCACGAAGACGGCCACUCCUCACCGACGAGCACCGCGCCCCAUCGACAUUCUACAACUUCGCCAUUGAUCACCCGCCUUCAACUUCUUUCGACAAACAUACCCGAAUAUUAUGUCGCGCCUUUUAGUGGGGCUUGUGCGGGAGUGGCGUCAGGGAUCGUGACGUGCCCUUUAGAUGUGAUCAAGACCAAACUACAAGCCCAGGGAGGAUUUACGCGAAGAGGAGGCAAUGUUCCAGCAAAAGUACUGUAUCGUGGCAUGAUAGGCACUGGGAAGGUCAUAUGGCGGGAAGAAGGUAUCCGAGGACUUUACCAAGGCCUAACUCCUAUGCUACUAGGAUACCUACCCACCUGGGGCGUUUACUUGUCAGUCUAUGAUAGUUCCCGGGAAUUUUACUACGAUAAAACAGAAAGUUGGUGGCUAUCAAGAGGAUACGCUUCCGUCACGGCUGGCGCAUGCUCCACAAUCAUAACGAACCCAAUAUGGGUGGUAAAAACAAGACUUAUGACCCAGAGCCUCACAUCCAGCACGGAAGGGUUCAGGGCUCCGUGGCAGUACUCAGGUGCACUUGAUGCUGCUCGAAAAAUGUAUAAAAACGAAGGAAUUCUUUCAUUCUACUCUGGUCUCUCAGCGGCUCUGCUGGGGUUGACACAUGUGGCCAUUCAAUUCCCACUCUACGAGUACUUGAAACUGGCAUUCACGGGUUAUGGGAUCGGCGAGCACCCUGAGGAUGGCAAUUCACAUUGGGUCUCCAUUUCGCUUGCUACAUUCCUGAGCAAGAUCUGCGCGAGCACUAUAACGUAUCCGCACGAGGUCUUACGGACGAGGCUCCAAACGCAGCAGAGAAGGCUGCCAGUAAAUUCAUCCGAAGAACUCACUUUCCGUGGAGGCUUGGAACACCCUGGACCUCGUUCCGUGACAGCAGCAUCAUCGGAUGGCAUGCCCAACCGACCGUUAUACAAAGGCGUAUUCAAGACCUGUCAAACUAUUUUAAGGGAAGAAGGCUGGCAUGCCUUUUACAUUGGAAUUGGCACGAAUCUCUUCCGCGCUAUUCCAGCUGCCAUGACAACCAUGCUUACAUAUGAAUAUUUACGGAAGCUCAUCCAGAAUUUCCAACAUGAAGGAGAGAAGCAUAAGCUGCUGCUGCAAAAGGAGGGUUUUGAAGAUAUUCCAUGAGGGAAGACGGAGAUUAGUGAACAAGAUUUUGAGGAACCAUGAUAUAUGUCCUCUCGUUGACUUCAACGGUCAGCAACCUCCUUGCCUCUAUCUACGAUUUCCAUUCGAGGACCUCGAAAACCCAACAUCAAGAUCUUGACUACUCCUUACGACGCACUUAGAGGGACACGUUUUACCAAGGGCUCUUUUUAUUUUCUCAACAGGAUAGAUAGCGUUGCUUUGAUGGGCUUUUAUGUUUUGUUGAGUAAAGGCUUUGAGAUGCGCAAAGGGUAGUUUGCCAGGGCACCUGGUUUAUCACCUGUUAUCACAUACAGAUGUUUUGUUUUGCUUUGUUUUUUUUUUUUCUAUUUCUCUUCUUGCAGAAGAUUUCUAAGCCCCCUUUUACUGUGGGCAUUGCACCUUUGCAUUUCUUUUCGCCCGCUGCCUCUCGACGCAGAGCAUACAUAUGUUUUCUUCAGUUUCUUAUCUAUUCAUUGUGGACAUACAAAUAUGACCAAUACCGUGAACAGACC